GAUCAUAUUUCCGAGUGGCAACAUCACCAAGCCUCCAUCUUUUUGUCACGAUGCCUCCCAAGAAGCAACCUGAGAAAUCCGCAUCCGGGGCUAAGCCCGCGGAGAAGAAGCCCGCCACGGCAAAAACACCAGCUGCAGCACCGAAAGCUGCUUCUACCACCACUGCCGCUAAACCGGCGUCAGCCAAGACUCCUGCGCCUGCCCCUAAAGCGGCGGCGCCCAAGUCAGCACCUGCGGCUAAGCCAGCAGCGGCUAAACCUGCUGCGGCUGCAGCCAAGCCGGCAGAGAAGACGUCCGCACCCUCUGCCAAGCCUGGAUCUGCCAAGGCUGCUGCCCUUAAGACCAAGUCCAGUGCUAAGCCUUCAGCGAAGAAAGCCGCGGCGGCUGCUAAGCCUAGCAAGCCUAAACCAGCGGCGGCCAAGCUGAAGAUCGCCCCUAAACCCAAGAAGACUGGAAUCAAGGGACAGAAAAAGCAGGUCGCAAAACCUGUUUCUAAAGCCCUAAAAGCCCAGAAGAAGGUUGUCAAGGGAGAACAUGGCAAGCGUGUACGGCAAAUCCGCACCUCGGUGCACUUCCGUAGGCCCAAGACCUUUGAGCCCCCAAGGCAUCCUAAAUACCCAAGGAAAUCUCUUCCUAAGAGGAAUCGCAUGGAUGCGUACAACAUCAUUAAGUAUCCGUUGACCUCUGAAGCUGCAAUGAAGAAGAUUGAGGACAACAACACAUUGGUGUUCAUUGUCCACACCAGCUCCAACAAGCACCACAUCAAGGCUGCUGUCAAGAAGCUGUAUGACAUCAAUGUGGCUAAAGUGAACACCCUCAUCAGACCCGAUGGCAAGAAGAAGGCGUACGUCAGACUGGCGAGGGACUACGACGCAUUAGAUGUUGCCAACAAGAUCGGCAUCAUAUAAGCGUUGGCUGUUUAUUUUAUAAGAAUAAAAACUUUAAAACCAUAAAA